AGACGCUCACAGCGGCUUCUGGUCGCUCCGGGAGCGACUGUGGAGCGAUGCAAGGCUGCAGGAAGAGUCCGCCACACCGGGACGCAACAAAACCUGCUCCCACAAUGGACUAACGACUGCUGGACCCAAAGGAAAACACCAUGAAACACCAGCGCUGAGCAGGAGGAUCUGUUUUCUCAUUGAAAUGCCACAUUUUUCCCACAUGCAUCAGCCAGCGUCGGCCGGGCUCAUGUGGCCGAACGUCCAGUCAUUCCACGGCGCGCGCGGGCAGACGGGAGGACGACAAUGUGGACUGACUGAGAGAGUCAGAGCAAACACAGACGGAUGAGUCACGAGUGAGUGACAGAUGAUGUAACGAUGUCUGAAACGGACUCCUUAAGCAGACCGUGAUGUGAACUGGACCAAGAGAAAGUGUUUUUUAGUCACAGGCUUUUUCUUUCAUUUAUGCUUCCUCUGACAAAACAAGUUACACUCUGAGGCGGUUGAAAAGCAGAACAAAUGACCUCACGUUGAUAAGUAGCCUUGCCUCCUCGCUGGGUGAUGGAACAUAAUCGCUUAUGGGCUCUUAUCGUCGAGUCUGGCCUGUGUGAGGUUACAUGAUAUUUCCGUGUGCAUGUGUGAGUUUGGAUGCUUCAUGCAGUGAUGUUGCGACGUGGACUGCUAACCUGGGUGUCCCGCGUCGGGGGCAUCCUGGUUUUCCUCUGCUGCUCCCUGUCCCUCCUCUACGUGAUGACGUGCAGCCCGCCGCACUCUGACGACCUUCUGCUGAGUCGUGUUUUGCCCCAUCCUGGAUCCAACCACCCCAAACUAGGAGGUACGGGGCCGGUGAUCGGUGCGGCGGCCGGUGGGACGGGAGGAGCCAGUGCCGCCGCCGCUGCCCAAAGCGGUGGUCCGCCGGGAGUCGGCAAUUACCAGGCGCUCCUGCAAGAGCGCGAGGAGCAGCACCGCCUCUACAUCUCCUCGUUGAAGAAGCAGAUAGCUCAGCUGAAAGAGGACUUGCAGGAGCGCAGCCAGCAGCUGAAAAGCGUGCAGGAGAGCCUGAAAAGAGCCACGGGGCCGGGGGGGCCGGUGGAGGGGCAGGAACGGGGCACGGAAUCACACGGAGCGGGACUCGGAGAAGUGCAAGGGUCCAAGAGCCAGCAAUCUGACCUCCAGGACUUCCUGAAGGGUCAACUGUCGAAGGCCGAAGUGACGGCCGGCACCAGGUUGCCGAGCGAAUACGCCGUGGUGCCCUUUGAGAGCUUCACCUUGCAAAAGGUGUUCCAACUGGAGAUGGGGCUCACGCGGCAUCCUGAGGAGAAGCCUGUGAGGAAGGACAAGAGAGAUGAGUUGGCAGAGGUGCUGGAAAUGGCCUUGCGCAGCCUGAACACGCCCUCGUCCCAGCAGGACGGCCAGGGUGCAGCAGAGAAGACUGAAACAAGAAAGAUCUAUGCGCCGUCGGACUUCAUAGAAGGUAUCGCUCGCACAGAGAAAGACAAAGGAACGCUGUACCAGCUAACGUUCAGAGGGGAUGCAAGCAAUGAAUUCAAGCGGCUUGUGCUCUUCCGGCCCUUCGGACCCCUGAUGAAGGUGAAGCACGAGAGGGUGGACACGGCCAACGUCCCCAUCAACAUCGUCGUCCCGCUGUCUGGACGCACGGACAAGUUCAAGCAGUUCAUGCACAACUUCAGGGAAGUGUGCGUGCGUCAGGACGGCCGGGUGCAUCUGACUGUGGUGUAUUUUGGGAAGGAGCAGAUGAGCGAAGUCCGCAGCACUCUGGAGAACACGUCCAGGGAGCUGAAUUUUAAGAACUACACCUUGCUGCAGAUAGAUGAGGAGUUUUCUCGAGGACGGGGUCUGGACGUCGGGGCCCGGGCUUGGAAGGGAGGCAACGUGCUGCUUUUUUUCUGCGACGUUGACAUCUACUUCACGGCCGACUUCCUGAACACCUGCCGACUCAACACACAGGCUGGAAAGAAGGUGUUCUACCCCGUGUUAUUCAGCCAGUACAACCCCACGCUGAUCUACGGCGGUCCUGAUCACAUCCCACCUGUGGAGCAACAGCUGGUGAUCAAAAAAGACACAGGCUUCUGGAGAGAUUUCGGCUUUGGCAUGACUUGCCAGUACAGAUCCGACUUCAUCAACAUUGGGGGCUUUGACAUCGAUAUCAAAGGCUGGGGUGGCGAAGACGUCCACCUCUACAGGAAGUACCUCCACAGCAACCUGCUGGUCGUCCGCGCCCCGUCACGCGGCCUGUUCCACCUGUGGCACGCCAAGCACUGCGCCGACGAGCUCCCUCCAGACCAGUACCGCAUGUGCAUGCAGUCCAAGGCCAUGAACGAGGCCUCGCACGGCCAGCUGGGGAUGCUCUUCUUCAGACACGAGAUUGAAGCUCACCUCCGCAAACAGAAACAACAGCAAAGCCCCAAGAAGACAUGAGCACUCGAGGCUGUUUGAAUGUUAAUGACUGUCAGGACCUGCAUCCGGUGAAAACAGCGCAAGUGAGUUCAGCCAAGCUGGACUGCAUCAUCCUUAAAUGAAUGUGAAACAUGCCUGUCUUUACUUUCCCUGCGGAGAGGACGAUUCAAAGGACUCUGUUUCGUGUUUUACAGUAAAGAUAAAGAGUCGUAACAAAGGGAAAAGGAAGGAGAAGCCCGUCUCUGUAAAAUGUUGAAAUGCAAGAGAAAAUGUUUCAAAAAAUGCCUUGGUGUGGCAAAUAUCUGAGCCAUACGGAAGACAAAGUAGAGACAUGACUCUUGGUUUAGAUUGAGCCCCCAAAAUAAGAAGAAAUAGAUUAAUUUUGUCUCUAUGGAAGAGUCAUCUUAGCCAUUUCCCUGCGUCUAUAGUUGCUACUAGGGCUGUUCGAUUUUGCCCAAAAAUAAAAUCUCGAUUUUUUUCUCUCAAAAUCCGAUUUUCGAUUACGAUUAUUUUGUGAAUUGACAAAAGGCAAAGAAAUGAUUUCAAAUAUGCUGUUUUUUUAUUGAACAUUUGCCCCAUUGGGCUUUAAGUGCAAACUUUGCUCUUAUUAAACCAAAAAUGAAUGAAUAAA